UGUAGCAGCAACAAGCAACAAUAAGCCAAGUCGGAUGACUAUAAAAGCGCCGGGCCACUGGCAGCCAUCAACAAACCUCGCCUGGCGUCCAACCCAUCAAGUCAACCAGCCAUCAGCAACAUCAGCAACAUUAGCGGCAGCAACAUGAAGUUCUUGUGCGUGUUCGUCAUCCUGGCCAUUUGCCUCAUGAGCAGCUGGGCAGCAGUUUCGGAGCCCGCUCCUGAAGCCCUGGAGGCGGCCGACCCAUCCGCCGUGGAUGAGAAGAAGACGGAGAAGCGAGGCAUCUACGGGUUCGGUCACGGCUACGGCGGCUACGCUGGAUAUGGCGGAUAUGGUGGCUACGGACAUGGCCACUACGGCGGCUACGGCGGACUGAGCAGUCCCUACUACGGCGGCUACGGCUACGUCCAUGCGGCGCCCUACUACGGCGGACACCACGGCUACUAUCCGUACCACCAUGGCCACUACGGCUUCUACUAGGACCACCACCUAUCCAUACUGUUUUUUUUGUCUCGAUCGCUUCAUACUCAUCACUGCACCUUCAUUCGUAUAUACGCAUAUGUAUGUAUGUACUGGUUUUCCCCAAUCAUUCACCGCAAUAUAAAUGUACUGCAAAUAGCUAAUACAA